UUAUCAUUCACCAGCAUUUUAGGGUUUUAGUCUUCCUCUCCUCUCAAAAAUCCCCAAAUCUGAAUCGAAGAGGUUAAAGUGACGGCGCCACCGUCCGCCUUGACCUAGCCUCCGUCGCUCCGUCUAGGCCCUCAUUUUUGUACCUCCUCCGUUCAAAUUCUAGGGUUUUGUAAAUUACACUGUUUGUUGUAGUUUGAGAAGAAAUGGCGCCUAAAUUGUCAAAGAGCGACAAGAAGCUUGCAUACGAUUCGAAACUCUGCCAGUUCAUCGAUGAGUACACUCAGAUUCUGGUGGUGUUUGCUGACAACGUCGGUUCAAAGCAGCUCCAGAACAUCAGGAAAGGUCUGAGGGGCGACUCUGUGGUUCUCAUGGGAAAGAAUACUAUGAUGAAGAGAUCAGUUCGCAUCCACGCUGAGAAGACCGGGAACCAGGCGAUUCUUAACUUGAUUCCUCUCCUUGUUGGUAACGUUGGAUUGAUCUUCACCAAGGGUGACUUGAAGGAAGUCAGUGAGGAGGUUGCCAAAUACAAGGUUGGAGCCCCUGCUCGUGUUGGUUUGGUUGCUCCAAUUGAUGUUGUUGUCCCACCAGGCAACACGGGUCUCGACCCAUCCCAGACUUCUUUCUUCCAGGUUCUUAACAUUCCCACCAAGAUUAACAAGGGUACUGUUGAAAUCAUCACUCCUGUUGAGCUCAUCAAGAAGGGUGACAAAGUGGGUUCCUCUGAAGCUGCGUUGCUUGCCAAGCUUGGCAUCCGUCCCUUCUCAUAUGGUCUGAUAGUCACCUCUGUGUACGACAAUGGAACUGUUUUCAGCCCUGAGGUGCUCGACAUGACUGAGGAGGACCUCAUUGAGAAGUUUGCCCUUGGUGUUUCCAUGGUCACAUCCCUGUCCCUGGCCAUCUCUUACCCAACUCUUGCUGCUGCACCACACAUGUUCGUCAAUGCCUACAAGAAUGCCUUGGCCAUUGCGGUUGAGACUGAAUAUUCAUUCCCUCAAGCUGACAAGGUUAAGGAAUUCCUUGCUGAUCCCAGCAAGUUCCUUGUAGCAGCUGCCCCUGCUGCAGCUGGUGGUGAUGCUCCUGCUGUUGCUGCCAAGGAAGAGGUGAAGAAGGAUGAGCCUGAAGAGGAGUCUGACGAAGACAUGGGUCUUGGUCUCUUCGAUUAAGCUGCUAGUCUGCUGCUCUUGAAUUAUAUUAUCUCUCGUUUUAUGAACUCCAUGCUUUGUUUUUUCCCUGUUACUGGAACUAGUUUCUUUUGAUACUUGAGUGGAGUUUUUUGUUGAACUUAUAUGUUGUUUUUUGUGAUAAUGUUAUGUUUAUUAGCAUUCUCCUA